ACUCUACUUCAAGGGAGGUCACUACCACAACAUUUUCUGUUAACAUGGCUAGCCUUAAAGUCUACUACGAUCUUCUCUCUCAACCUUCCAGAGCUAUUUACAUAUUUUUGAAAAUUAAUAACAUACCUUUUAUAGACAAGCCAGUUGCUUUGCGUAAAGUUGAACAUAAAAAUGAAGAAUAUACCAAAGUGAAUUGUUUCCAAAAAGUUCCAGCAAUUGAUGAUGAUGGUUUUGUUCUUCGAGAAAGUGUGGCCAUUUUAAAGUACCUUACGAUCAAAAAUAAUCUAGCUGACCAUUGGUACCCAAAAGAUUUCCAUACUCAGUUGCGUGUUGAUGAAUACCUCCACUGGCAACAUUUUAACACACGCCUCAAUGCUGCUAUGGUGUUUCGGAAUCUGCUGCUGGAACCCCAGCUGACAGGGAAACCAAUUUCCUGGAAAAGAGUCGAGUUUUUUAAAAAUGAAUUGGCAACAACUGUUGAACACUUAGACAAAGCUUUUCUCCAAGACGGACCAUAUUUAGCUGGUCAGAAAAAAAUAUCAAUCUGUGAUAUUCUUGGUGCUUGUGAACUGAUGCAGCUCAAUGCUGUUCAUGAAGAAGCUUGUUAUGAAAGUAACAGUAAUGUUAACUCUUGGAUGCAACGAGUGAAGAAAGAUUUGUCCCCGCAUUUUGAUGAAGCUCACAAAAUUGUUUAUAGAGCAAGAGAAGUAUUUGGUGAAUCUAAAAGUAAGCUAUAAAUGGUAAUAGGAAUGUAUGUUGCUGUCUUAUUCAGUAGUUCCUAAACUAUUUUUUAAAAUCUGUACCUUGCUUUGGAGCAAAUAAAAAUAUCAAAGAAAUAUCAA